AUGUCAGAAACAGCGUCUCCAGUGCUGACCCCGGAGAUGACCAUGGACCUUGGGGUCUCUGGCUCUGCUUUCGGCGACUUCUUGCCCUUCCUCAAUCCAGGACUCCCCCAGUCACCACCCUGGGAGCUGAUCCAGACGCCCCCUCUGCCCCAGUGGUUUUGUGGGGACAGUGAUCCAGUCCCUGCUUGGAGCCAGGCCCCUCCUGAAGCCUCGCGCAGGCCCAACAGUGUCUAUGAGAACUUCCAGCGCUGGAAGCUUUUGAAGGCUCUGACCCGGAGGUACCUUCCCAGGACUCCUGACACUGAAGUCCUUUCCUGCUUCCUCAUCCCGGUGUUUCGCACUCUGGCCCGCCUGAAGCCCACCAUGAGCCUGGAGGAAGGCCUGCGCCUGGCCCUUCGGGAAUGGCGGGGCACGAGCAACUAUGACCGCAUGAUCUACUCCGACAUGGCGGCCAAGUUCAUGGAGUUCGAGGCCGAGGAGGAGAUGGAGGUGCAGAAACUGCAGUGGACGAACGGGGUGCAGGGCCUGCCACUCCCCGCCCCACCCAGGCCUGGGCCUACACACAAACCUCAGCAGCCCCCCAAGUCCAAGGCCCCCGAGGAGAUCCCUCCUGAGGCCGUGCAGGAGUACAUGGACAUCAUGGACGAGCUGCUAAAGGCCCCCGACUCAGUCUGCAGGGCGCCCCUCGGCCAACGGGCAGUGGACAGGGAGGAGCAGCAGGAGGAGCCUGGGACCUACCCUGACCCGGGGCUCUUGAGCUAUGUGUACGAGCUGUGCUCCCAGGAGGACUUUGUCACCAAGGUUGAGGCGAUCCUUCAUCCCAGCUUCCUGGAGCUCCUGCUCUGCCCAGAGUCCCAGCUGGAUCUCCUGGACCUGGCUGAGGAGCUGGAGAAGGAGGAAGGAAUUGUGGACAAGCGUCUGCAGGCCUCAAAGGCUAAGGAGGUCAUGAAGGCUUGUCCCCAACACCAGGUCCUGCCUUUUGCCAUUGUGAAGGCUGAUAAGCUGUAG